CACAUCCAUCAUCGGGCCCAACGGGUCUGGCAAGUCGAAUUCGUGCGUUCCCACUUCCGCGGAAUAACACCUGCGCGGAACAUCUAUCGCGUGGGGAAACUUGAGCUGAUUGUAUCAAUUUCAUCAGGAUGGAUGCUAUCUCGUUCGUUCUCGGCAUCAAAUCGUCCCAUCUACGAUCUACGAACCUCCGCGACCUAGUCUACCGCGGUCGUGUCUUGCGUACCUCCAAGGUGGAUGCAAACGGCAACGCCAUCGACGGGGCGGCGGAUGGGGAGGAACAGCCCGAAGAUGAACUCGAUGGCGACCAGUCCCAGGACCCGACCGGAUCGAACGACCCCCGCACUGCAUGGGUCAUGGCCGUGUACGAGGACGAUGCGGGCGAGGAGCAGCAAUGGCGGCGGUCCAUCACCAGCCAGGGUGUCAGCGAGUACCGGAUCAACAAUCGCAUUGUUACCGCGCAGCAGUACAACGAAGCGCUCGAGGCCGAGAACAUCUUGAUCAAGGCGCGCAACUUCCUCGUCUUCCAGGGUGACGUCGAAGCCAUCGCAUCGCAGUCUCCCAAGGAUCUGACGCGGCUGAUCGAGCAGAUCUCGGGCAGUCUGGAGUACAAGGCAGAGUACGAGCGUCUGAAGGCGGAGGCUGAGGAGGCAGCGGAAUCCCAGACCGUGCAGCUCAACCGCCGCAGGGGUAUCAACUCGGAAAUCAAACAGUACCAGGAACAAAAGCGGGAAGCGGAGAACUACGCGAGGAAGGCUGAGGAACGCGACCAGGCGAUCAUCACGCACAUUCUGUGGAAGCUUUUCCACUUCCAGCGCCUGAUCGAUGAAUCCAGUGCUGAUAUCUUGAAAUACCAGGACGAAUUGAAGGAAUUCCGUCGCGGGGUUGAAAAGUAUGAGAAGAAUGUGGAGGAAGCCAAGAAAAGCCACGCCAUGGUCGGUAGGGAUGUUGCCCAGGCGGAGAGGAACAUUGUAAAGAAGAGGAAGGACAUCAAAGAGGCUGCCAACGCACUCGUCCCCGUUGAUGAGAAGAUCGACAUCACCAGGAAGAAGGUCGAACGCUUUGCUUCUCGUAUUGCAGAAAUUACGCGGGAGAAGGACUCCCAGUCCGCAAAUGUGAAACAGCUAGAGACGGACCUCAAGAUCGUCCAGAAAGCCCAGGCGCAAUGGGAGGCGGAAUGGCAGAAGACUAUGAGCAAACAAGGCGGUCAAUUGAGUGAGGCUGAUUUGCAAGAGUAUGAGAAGCUUAAAGAGGAGGUUAGCAAGAGAUCCUCUGCCGAGCAACUGAAUCUCGACAACCUGCGCCGUCAGCGGAAGACUGAAGCCGAGGCUUUGAACAGCCUCAAGAGUAAAGUCGAAGGGGCCGAGUGGCAAUUCAAGACGUUGGAAUCUGAGACCCAGACUCUGGCCGAGCGCAAGAGCUCCCUCAACGACACAGUCAAGACGACUUCCGAGGAUAUCGAUGAGAAGAAGAAGGAACUCAAUGCUGCGACCUCUGAACGUUUGCGUGUUUCUCGGAUGCGAACGGAGUUGGAGGAGAAGUUGCAAGUCGUCCUGAAGAAGCUGUUAGACGCAGAUGAUGGCAGGAAGCAGUCUGAAAGAGAGAUCAGAGCCAAGGAAUUGAUUUCCACGCUGAAGCGCAUUUUCCCCGGGGUCAAGGGUCGUGUCAGUGACCUUUGCAAGCCCAAGCAGAAGAAGUACUCCGAGGCAGUGAGUACUGUUCUUGGUCGGCACUUCGACGCGAUUGUCGUUGACAACGAGAAGACCGCGAAGGAAUGCAUCCAACAUCUUCGCGACCAAAGAGCAGGCCAGGCUACCUUUAUCCCACUGGAGACAAUUCAGGUCAAAGCCUUUAACUCAAACCUCAAAGGCCUACAUCGUGGAAUGCGUCCUGCGAUCGAGACGAUUGACUAUGACGAUUCGGUCGCCAGAGCUAUCAGCUACGCAUGCGGAAAUGCAAUCGUCUGCGAUGAUUUAACAACCGCCAAAUAUCUGUGCUAUGAGCGGAACGUGGAUGCCAAGGCCGUCACUCUGGAUGGCACUGUCAUUCACAAAGGCGGCUUGAUGACUGGUGGCAAAGGACCUCAACAGCAUUCUAAGCGCUGGGAGGACUCGGAAGUGGAGAACUUGUACAAGCUCAAGGACAAGCUAUUGGCUGACCUAGCCAGCCUACCCAAGGGCCAUCGCCGCGGCACUGAAGAGGAGACGCUGCAAGGUGAUCUUGUUGGUCUCGAGCAACGUCUUGCGUAUGCUCGGGACGAGCUCAAAGCACUUGAAAGAAACCUCGAAAGCAAGCAUCGCGAACUGGAAUUUGUCCGGGGUCAGCUGCAAGAUAUGCGGCCGAAGUUGUCCGAGCGCGAGGAAUCGUUACAAGACCUCGAUGAAACCAUUGCUGCAUCCCAGCAGAAGGUCAGCAGCGUGGAGAACGAAGUGUACAAGAAAUUCUGCAAGCGUCUGGGAUAUGCCAACAUCCGCGAGUACGAAAUUCAACAGGGAUCGUUACAGGAGGAGGCAGCUCAGAAGAAACUCGAGUUUACGACGCAGAAGAGCAGAAUUGAAAAUCAGUUGAGCUUUGAAAGGCAGCGACUGCAGGCUACGAUCGAGCGAGUUGCUAGCCUCAAGGUACAGCGUGAACGCGACGAGGGGCUGAUUCGGGAGCUUCAGGCUGAACAGGGGCGCAUCCGAAACCAGAUGGACCAGUACAACGAAGAGCUGGACAUUCUUCAUAAACGACUUGAAGAGCAGGAGGAGGCGUAUGCUCAGUCGGGUGAGAACCUGGCACAUCACCGUAGAGAGCUCCAAAAACGCACCAGAGAGGUUGAGGGCACGAUAAAGAACGUUAAUGCCCUUGAGGCAGAAAUUCAACGCAACUCUUCCAGUCGAUACGCCCUUCUCCGACGUUGCAAGCUGGAAGAUAUUGAUAUUCCGCUUACGGAAGACUCCAACCCUCUGGAUCAGCUUCCCAUUGAUGACUUGGUGCAAGCGGCGGAUCCAGACGCUAUGGAUGUGGACGAAGAUGCCAACGGUGGUGGUGAUACACUUACUAUUCAGGACUAUGGCAUCGAGGUUGACUUUGAUUCUCUUGGAGAUACACUCAAAGAGGAGAAUGAUGAGAAGCUGGAAGAGGAACUGCUCGAGAAGGUCCGGUCUCUCAACAGCGAGCUCGAUAAGAUGGCACCUAAUUCACGCGCUAUGGAGCGGUUGGAGAGCGUGGAGAACAAGCUUCGAGCCACAGAGAAGGACUUUGAAGAUGCCCGGAAGCGUGCUCGCAAGGCGAAAGACGAGUUUGAAGACGUGAUGCGCCAGCGGUCGGACCUCUUCAACAAGGCCUUCUCUCACAUCUCCGAGCAAAUCGGCCCUAUCUACCGCGAGUUGACGAAGAGUGCCAAUUACCCACUCGGUGGACAAGCUUACCUGGAUAUCGAGGACUCCGAUGAGCCCUACCUGGACGGCAUUAAGUACCACGCCAUGCCCCCGCUCAAGCGUUUCCGGGAUAUGGAGCAUCUUUCUGGAGGAGAGAAGACCAUGGCCGCUUUGGCGCUACUGUUCGCGAUUCAUUCCUACCAACCGUCUCCCUUCUUCGUGCUGGACGAGGUGGAUGCCGCGCUCGACAACACCAAUGUUGCGCGAAUCGCCAACUACAUCCAUGACCACGCUGCUCCGGGUAUGCAGUUCAUCGUCAUUAGUUUGAAGAACGGACUCUUUCAGAACAGUGAAGCACUGGUUGGAAUCUACCGAGAUCAGGUGGAGAACAGCAGUAAAUCCUUGACCCUUGAUCUCCGUAAAUACAACUAAAUGAUGAAUCGAAAAGACCGGACAGCCUGCGUUUCUUGACUUUCAUAUGAUGUGUAGAAUAUAUCAUGCUCUGGUUGUGCUAUUGUUUUCCUUUAUGAGCAGUAUGCCUUUAGCUUAUUGUGCCACGGAUUAAUGGGACUUUCUUCUGCUUUCUGGUGUUAAUCACUCUGAUUUUUCUCUUUGGGGUUUCUGGCAUGAAUGCUCAACUUUUGCUCCGAUCACGGCGAGAAGUCCGAAUCUUACGAUACCAGCAGUACAUC